UAUUUGAAUAUUACUAUUCCUAGGUACUGAAGCACAGUCUUCACUUUUGAAGUCAGUGGCUUUCUUUUUAGAAAGCAUUGCUACACAUGACAUCAAAGCAGUAGAACAAGGCUUUGGUGGUGGGAUGGCAAGUGGUCCACCCAGCCUACAAGAGGAGGAAAAGUACAACUAUAGCAAAUGCACAGUCUUGGUCCGCAUUAUGGAAUUUACCACGACCCUGCUCAACACUUCCCCAGAAGGCUGCAAGCUUCUAGAGAAGGUCUUGUGUAACACAGACCUGAUGAAGAUCUUGGUGAAAAUGCUAUGUGAGCCUAUGAGCAUAGGUUUCAAUAUUGGCGAUGUCCAGGUUAUGGACAAUCUUCCCAGGAUUUGUGUGACCCUGAUGAAAGCAAUAAAGAACUCUCCAUAUAGAGACAUGCUGGAGACUCACCUGAAGGAGGAAAUGACAGCACAGAGUAUUGAGGAACUCUGUGCCAUUAACUUGUGUGGCUCUGAUGCUCACCAGGAAAGGACAAAGUUGCUGUCAGUUGUGUCAGCCUGUAAGCAGCUUCACAGAGCUGGCUUGUUGCAUGUUAUCUCACCAUCUCAGUCUAAAGCCUUGCAUCAUUCCAUUGGCAUGCGACUUCUCUCCUUGGUUUAUAAAGGCAUCGUGCCUGCAGAGGAAAAGCAGUGCCUACCAUCAUUGGACCCCAGCUGUAAGGUCCUGGCCAGUGGACUCCUGGAAUUAGCUUUUGCUUUUGGAGGACUGUGUGAGCACCUUGUGAGCUUGCUUCUGAAUUCAGCACUGCUGUCCACCCAAUAUUUGGGCAGCUCACAGAGAAACAUCAUUAGCUUCUCCCAUGGAGAAUAUUUCUAUAGCUUAUUUUCAGAAAUAAUCAACAGUGAGCUGUUGAAAAAUCUGGAUCUUGCUGUAUCAGAGCUCACGAAAUCAUCAGCAAGGAAUCCCAAAAUGGUGAGCACUGUUUUGAAUGGUAUGCUGGAUCAGAGCUUCAGGGAUCGAGGAAUUCAGAAACACCAAGGACAGAAGCUUGUAGCUGCGAUUCUGCAAAACUGGAGGGAGUGUGACUCUUGGUGGGCCGCAGAUUCUGCUCCAGAAAGUAAAAUGGCAGUGCUGGCCUUACUGGCAAAGAUUUUACAGAUUGAUUCAACUGAAUCUUUUAAUACGAAUCACAGCUCAUUUCAUGAAAUCUUUACAACAUAUGCUGAUCUACUUGCUGAUACAAAGAUGGGUCUACACUUAAAGGGCCAAGCUAUCAUUAUGCUCCCGUUCUUCACCAACCUGACUGGAGACAGUCUAGAAAAUCUCAAACAUACUCUGGAAAAACUCAUCAUUUCUAAUUUCCCUAUGAGAUCUAAUGAAUUUUCCCCUGGAACUCUGAAGUACAAUAACUAUGUGGACUGCAUGAAAAAGUUUCUAGAUGCAUUGGAAUUGUCCCAAAGCCCUAUGUUGUUUCAGUUGAUGACAGAUAUUCUUUGUCGGGAACAGCAGCAUAUUAUGGAAGAAUUAUUUCAAACCACUUUCCAGAGGAUUGCCAGAAGGUAAGCCAUUUUAUCCUGGAAUCCCAGAAGUCACAGACCUAUUCCUUCUGAGGUAAUUAUUUUCUCUGUCCACCCCCUCCCCCAACAAACAAUGUUC